AUGUUUACAAAAGAAGAAUCUGCUGGCAAGAUUGGUACCAGUAGAGCCAGUAUGAAUAGGUGUGGCAAGACCAAUGCAGCAAAAGGAGUCCAUCGUCAUUACAAUGAAUAUAAGGAUUUUCACAGUAGAGAGAUUGAGGCACAUGUUUGUGCCUCCUUCAUGGAUAUGUGCGAGAUGGUAAAGAUUGAAGGUAAACAAUGUAAUGUGGAGCAAUAUAGUUUCAAUUCUUUUUUCUAACACCAGGUGAUUGUACUUGUCGCCAAAAUAAUUUUUCCGGAAAAUUUUUUUCGGUACUAGUUGGGAACAAUCACAAAAAGUCGGGCAAUUUUCUUUCCGCCCCCCUAAAUUUUUCCUUCCGGUACGCCCAUGAGAAAAAGUUCCCAUGUCGUUCACGUGAAUGUAACAACACAUACACAAUACAUUCAAGGAGAGUCAGGUGUGUAUUUUCAAACAAUAAUUUUUUAUUUACUGAUUCGCCCAAGAUGUUGAAAUUACACAUAAAAGAAAUAAACUAUUUACAAGAGAUGGGCUAGAAGCCUACUAGAAACCAUAUGGCUUUUGUUUUAGGCCGCUAGGUUAUAAAUUUAAACUAAUUAGCAAUGAAAAUGAUAUGCAGCAUCAGUUCAAGUACUUUUAAGAGAAAGGAAAAAGAAUAGUUAAAUAUUAUAUGAUAUUAAGAUACAUUUACACAAUUCAAUUUUUGAUUUAUAGUUUUCCUAUACUUACAGGAAUAUGUUAUUCUAUUAAAUAUUAUUAUUCAGUCAUGUUAUGAAUCAUUUCAACCCUUUGUGGCGAUGUGCUCAGAUGUGCCAUACAAAUAUAUUAUUUCACUCUGUCUAAUACCAGACAAUUUUAAUAGUGAAGAGGAUAGUGUUGCCACUCAAUGGGUUUAACAGAGCACAAAACGGACUGCAGAUCUUGGACGUGGUAGUGGGUGGCAGCAUCCCCCUUUAACUUUUGCCAAUACUAUAUUCCCCUUAUUACGUUUUCGUUAUGCUUUGCAUUGUGGUUAUAGUGGUAUCACUGAUAUUCAAGAUGGCUUAUUUUUUGUCCUGACUCGGGUCUUGCAUGUGCAUGAUAGCCAACAGCAAAAUAUUCGCAAAAACAUUCAAUAUUUUAAUUUGAGGCCGCUAUCUUUAUCAGUGAUACCACUAUAACCACAAUGCAAAGCACUACGAAAAUGUAAUAAGGGGAAUUAUCAAUUGAAAGAAAAAUUCCAUCGAUGUAUAUGGUUAAAAUAAUGUGAUCGUAAUAGGGUGUGCUCACUUGUGUUUCCCUCAACCCCCUCUUUCCAAACACAUUUUGCAAUCACUGUAUGAACUAUAGUACUAUAUGUUAUUAUUCUUGUUUUUUAGGCAUGAAGUAACGAAUCAUGAUUUAAAAAAUGGAGGUUUAUGUAGAAGAUGAAAUGGAUAAGUUUGGUUACUAUUAUUGCCAGUUUCCUUCCUGUGGACUAGUGUUUAGUACAAAGCAAACACAAAAAAGGUACUGGAUUCUGUAACAGCUACAUUUGGUAUGCGUAAUUAAACAAUUAAUAGGUGUAAUGCACCAGAAUGCUCCCUACUUUAUUAUUUUACUUGUCAAGAGGAGGUAAUUGCCUAUUAAGACCUAUUGAGUCACAUUGCACCAUACUUUAUUAUUUUAAUGCUAUUGUGCAGUUUAUUUAACUCCAGUUAUACAUAUUUUAAUAGACAUGAAAGGCAAUUUCAUCCAAAUGGUAAUUUUGAUGCACCACCAAUUGAGCAAGAGAUUACCACGAGGUUUGAGGAGGACUUUAUGUUCAAUUAUCACCAAGUCAAAUUGAUGUUUGGUCUCAUUCUUAUGGCAUUUGAAGAUGCUGUAAAAGAAGGCGAUGGGCAGCAGUUGUUUGAAAUAUACAAGCUAUUUCUACUCUUAUACAAAGCUAAUGGACACACAAAGUAUGCAUAUGCUACCCUCCUGUAUCUUGAUAAGAUAUGUUCAAUUUUUUCUGAGUAUGAGGCAAACAGAUUAAAGUGGAACUGGUUUUAUAAUAAUCAUGGAGGCAAAGGAAAGGAUAUUCCCCUUGACCUUAAAAAAGAGCAUCAAAACAAGCAGCUGAAGAAAAUGUGGAGGGCCCUAGGACCAAACCUGAAUGAGAAAAAUGCAGCUCGUUUGGCUGGAACACUAGAUUCAGUCGAGUGUAUCAUGCAGUCUGUUGACAAGGAUUGUAAAGUAAUAGAACGGAAAUCCCAUCGUGCAGUGCCAAAGAAGGAACAGGCUGUUUACCAGAUUGUUAAAGACUCGACUAUUAAAAAAGUGUUUACCAACACACCAGGAAGAGAAGGUCAUCCAUCCUUUUCCAAUUUCAGGUCAAACCUUUUGCCAUGCAUGGACUACAGAGAUUUACAUAGAUGGAUGAGGGAUAACAUCAGCAACUGGAAGUCAAUUUAUCUAGCUAACUUAGACAGCUAA